AUAAAUUUGACAAAGCCAUUAUCGAAACAAAAUUAGUGGAUGCGAUUUUAUAAUCGUCGUAUCAGCUAUAUAUAGCCCGGCAUUUCUGUCGAUCUGCUAACAAUCGUACUUUUAUUCAGUCAUUAUAAUGAAUUUUGGAUUGAUUUCCUAUGGAAUACUUUUGUAUUUCUUGUGUUUUAGUGCUAGAAACGAUGCCUUGCGCAAUUGGGAUUUCGAAUUUUUGUACAUCGAAGCAACGAGUUCAAAUGAGGACCUAAUCAAUGCCAGCUUAAAACUAGAACACGCAGAAAUUGGUAAGAAUUCAGCGUCAGGUUUCAUCGAUUGGAAAUUCGAUGCUGAUGAACAUACUAUGUUUCAAUUGCGAUUUCUUUGGAGUCAGAGCGGCAGAGAUAAUGACUAUAAGGACAACAUUUAUCAAGUACCGAUGAUGACUUUUUAUGAGUUUCUUGAUAAAUAUUACAUGAAAGUUAUCUAUGCGGAUUGGGGCAGUUGUUCGAAUUUUCCAAAUAUCGGGGACAAAUUUGUUCCACCCUGGAACAAAACUACAUACAUAUUUUCUAAAUGUGAUCCACAGGGCGUGAACUAUCCAGAUAUAUUACCUAGAGGCUAUCAUAAAUUAGUGUGCAAAAUAAUUGGGCAAGCUGAACUUGUCAUGCAGCUUAUUAUGAAAUUGACACCCCGAAAAAAUAUGCUUGUUUAAAGUGUUCCAUGAAAAAACCAA